AUUCGUGAAUCUCGCGAGAGCUUCCUCCAUCUUAGCCAACUUCGCUACCAAUGACGCCACCGAGAUGAUACAAAAUCAAAAUGGAACUGAGCUAUCAGUCGAUCAGGACAGCAAACCAAGCUCGUGAGGCAGAUGAGCUACGAACUGAUUCAAGAAAGAAAAAUCUUCUUAUUCUAGUCUUGAAGUAUUUAAACGAAGAAGGAUAUUUAGACUCUGCAUCAAAUUUGUCUAAAGAGACCAAUCUGGACAUCAGGCGCUAUGAAGUGUGUGACAAUAUUGACCUAGAGACCAUUCUUAUGGAAUAUGAAUCUUAUUAUUUUGUUAGAUUUUCAAAGUACCCAAAAAUUACAAAAAAAGUUUCUCCACAAAGCGCUGGAGCAGUUGACAAAAGAAUACCACCAAAACUAAACAGAACUAACAGUGUAAAAACAAAUACUACAUCCCUUCCCAGAAUCCCUCAGACAUCCCGACCACCAACUCCCCCACAGCAGCCUCAGCCCACAGCUCCAAGACCAUCAUCAGGUUCUGGCAAAAACAGACGAAACUUAAACUCUUCAACUCGAAAAAUUGCAGUCAAUGGAAAUUCCAAUGUUAAAGAUGCUGGUGCUGCAAAUGGAAGUGGGGAGGGGCUGGCACUGCAAGGUAUCACUGUCCAGGGUCAUAAUGGUGCUGCUGAGCAUGCAGUGACACAACAGAAACCUAAGUUUGGACAGAUCAUAGAUGUUCGUAGCAUGAUAAAUGAUUACACGAAACUAAAUAUAGAAGAUGGUGCUGAUUCUUUUACAAAUGACAAGAUAUUAAAGCCACUGGGUGGAUACAUGGGUUACAACAGUGAAUGGAGAGAACUGGCUCAAGUCAUCUCAAGGGAUAUAUAUUCACAGAACCCCAAUGUAAAAUGGGAUGAUAUUAUUGGUCUGGAUGAAGCUAAGAGACUGGUCAAAGAAGCUGUUGUUUACCCUAUAAAGUAUCCACAAUUGUUUCAAGGAAUACUAUCACCAUGGAAAGGUUUACUUUUAUAUGGGCCACCUGGUACUGGGAAAACAUUACUAGCUAAAGCUGUAGCUACUGAAUGCAACACGACAUUUUUCAACAUUUCUGCCUCCAGCAUAGUUAGCAAGUGGAGAGGUGAUUCUGAGAAACUUGUCAGGGUCCUGUUUGAGUUAGCAAGGUUUCAUGCACCCUCAACAAUAUUUUUAGAUGAAUUAGAAUCUCUUAUGAGUCAAAGAGGAUCUCAAGGAGGAAGUGAGCAUGAGGGGAGCAGACGAAUGAAAACAGAACUUUUGGUUCAAAUGGAUGGCUUGUCAAAAACAGAUGACCUUGUAUUUCUAUUGGCUGCAUCCAAUUUACCUUGGCAACUGGAUCAUGCAAUGUUAAGAAGGCUUGAAAAAAGAAUUUUAGUUGACUUACCAACUCUGGAAGCACGUAGAGCCAUGUUGAAGCAUCAUCUGCCUCCUGUAGUUGCUGCCAAAAGUGGUGGCCUUGAACUUCUCUCAGAACUUGACUAUGAUUUGUUGGCUGUGAAAACUGAUGGCUACUCUGGUUCAGAUAUAAGACUUGUCUGUAAAGAGGCUGCCAUGCGUCCUGUGAGAAAAAUUUUCUUUGCUCUUGAAAAUCACACUGAAGGUGAAGAUUUACAUAUACAGUUAGAUAAAAUUAAAACCAUUGAUGUGUUAGCAGCAUUGGAGAGAACCAAACCAUCUGCUAAGACAAUGAAACAGAAGUAUAUUGACUGGCAAAAAGAAUAUGAAUCAGUUUAAAGUAUGUCAUGUAUGUAGGUUCAAUGUUAAUUAAUAUGAUAAUUAUUGAAAACUAACAUAACUUUGAACAAGUGUGUCAUGACCCAACAUUUUAUUUAUUGACUGUAAAAGUGAGAAAAAAAAACUUGAUGAAAGUUUGUGAUAAAUUCUUAACAAUUAUUUGGACACAUGAAACUCAUUACGUUAUGUUAAGAGAGUCACUGACUUAUCUAGAAUAUGAAUCUAUCAUUAAAUAUGACGAUUGAAAAGUGAACUUUUUUUUAAAUUACAAUUUUAUAAUUUAUACGCAAUUAUCAUUUUUUUCUUGUUGAGAGCUUUCAUACAUUCUUCGUCAAUGUAUUGGUCUGACAGACAUACUUAAGUUUCUGUUUUUAUAUACUGCUUGACAAGUAGUAAGGUUUACAGAAAUAUUUUGUCUUCAUUCUGCUGAGAUUCAAGAAUUCUCGACACAAGGACCAAUACAGGGAAGAAAUGUUGAGAACAUAAACUUGUUGAAAAACUAAAUAAAGGUUGUUUGGUUGUACUGGUAAACAUGUUUUAUGCAAAGCUUUAAUGUUGAUGUUUCAAAAGGUUUGUUUCAACUUUGAAGCAUAUUAAAGCUUGAAAUCUGUCCAAUAUUUUAUGAUCUCAUUGGCAAGCAAGCCUCAAAAUUGUGUAGCUAUUAUGUCUUUGAUAUGACUUCAUUUUUUUAAUAAUUUGAAUAAUGACAAUAAAAUUUUAGGUUUUAAGAAGAAUUUAAUAGAUUAGCAAUAAGCUCACUCUAUUGCAUUUAGAGAUAAGUUCUUUAUGUGACCAUUAUAAUUUAAGGGUCAUGCACUUGAUAAACACAUUGACAUAUUGAAAAUUGUAAUUAAUUAAUUUCAUUGGCACCAUUGUAAGUUGCUUGAGAUGCAGUUUUUGUAUAAUCAUUAAAAUUUCAAUUAUGAAACCUCAACUUCAUGCUUAUUCAUUAGUAUUGGUUAUCCAAAAUACUAGUAUAUCAAAACAAGUAAUAAUGAUUCAUUUUGAAAAUAUCCAUAAGAAUAUGAUAAACACAGAAAAUAAAACCAUUAUAUUAUUCGCAUACAACAAUAAUUUAUUUCAAAUUGUAACAUAAAAAGUUAUACUACAAUAUCCAUAGGUAAGCAACAGUACUCUAAUGUUACAAAGAAAGAUUGUACAUUUGAGUUGCUGAGUGCAAUGCAAGGCCUAAUGAACUGAAUUACUAGCAAGAUCACUGCUCCAUUACAUAAUAGAAACAUAUUUGCUUUGUUAUUAUAUAAGGUCAUCUCUGCCUUGAUAAGUUGGUGAAUGAACCAUUUAUGUACUCAUACACAUGGUCAGGCACAGUGUGCUAUGAAAUGAAUGUCACAGUACAUAUCCUCUACAGACAUCUUAUAUUCCAUCCCAGUGGCGCUGCAGCCCAUGGAGGGCUCUGGCCUGCUUCAACAAACCCUCCAUUCAGAUCUCUCCUGGGCCUUUCGUCUCCACGUCCUAACCCCAAGCUGAUGUAGAUCUGACCUUGUAUUCACUGACUGAUAAGAAAAAACAACACUAUUGUCCUAGUUGUUAACUAAGAAAAAACAACACUAUUGUCCUAGUUGUUAACUAAGAAAAAACAACACUAUUGUCCUAGUUGUUAACUAAGAAAAAACAACACUAUUGUCCUAGUUGUUAACUUGUGUUCAAUUAUGCAAUAUCUUUCCAAACUGCUAAUUUAUUGAGUCUGUUUAAGAAAAAAACAUUUUGUCCAUGGCUUAUAAAAGUUGCUUGUACUCCAGGGUUUGACUGUAUUUUAUUUUUAAUGUUGCUGUUUAUUAAAAAAAAACAUCAUGCUUCACUUAUUUAUUUUUUUACAUUUUUUUUUUUGCCUUAUUUGCAAAUAUUUGACAUCCAAAUCUAUCAGUAUUACUAAAUAUAUUUUGUUAAUAUUAUAAAUGAUAAAUGGAUUUGUUUUAUUGAGAUUUAGGGGGAGAAACUUCAUCUUAUGAGAAAUUUCAACUGAAUGUCAGUCAUACUUAUUUUGUCUGUCAAAUCUCUUAUAUCCAGCAUAAUGAAACAUAUAUUUUACUGAACAAAUCAAUGUAUCUACUUACAAGUAAAGCAAACUAGUAAAAACAAAAACUGAAACAAAACCAAAACCAUAUGUAACCCUAGAGAGAAAACUGAACAUAAACUUGUAUUGGUUAGAUGCAACAUUCCAUUAUGUGAUAGUUGACUCUUGGCAACCACAUUCAUUCUAUGUGUAGCAUUUAAUAUGUCUUUGGUCCAAAUAAAUGAUAGAUAAUCAUCAUUGUGAAACCCAGUGGCUUAAUGUUAAUAGUUUUGUUAGUUUUCUACCUUCACAAAAUACAAUGUUCUGGUAUUCAUGUAUUAAUUUAAAGUUUUUUUUAAAGGAAGUUUUUGUUACUUCUGUGUAUUUUCAAAUUACAGCUUAGAUUUGAACUAUUUAAUAGGAUUAGUGGUGUUGUCUUUCUGCUUAUAACUAAUAUGGUUGUAAUGAGUUUAAAAUUGUAAUUGUUUGAUGAAGAGAUCCUUGAAUGUUUUCAGAUCUUAAUUGUUAGUCCUCAUUGAAAGUAAAUAGUACACUAAAGGAAUAGCUUAGUAACCUUUGACAACAAAAUUUUACCAGACAAACCUUGAACCUCUUAGAAGAAAUUAAUAGUCUGUAUUUUUUUUUUAAAUAAUGAGAACUGUUCUAGAUAUAGUUAGACAACAAUGGGUUUCUGCUGUAGUACUUGGAAAAUAGACAACAAACACUUUUCUAUAUUACUAAUAAUAUUAUCUGCAUCUCAGUGAAAACAUUGAAUUUGUUUUCUUUACUGAAAACUUUAAGAAUCUCAUGUGCCCCUUUUUUUAAUGGCUACAUUUAAUUUGUUUUCUUACUUCUCUGCUAACAUAUGUUGUUGUUUUGUCUGCUUUAUUUUCUUCCUUAGAUGAAGCAUAAUUGUAAACAUUUUAUGUUUUUAAAGAAUUCCUUUAAUGUGUGGGUGUAAAUGAAUAGUUUUUCUAUGAGAAAAAUUGUUUGAUUUCUAAGUCAAAGAAUAAUUGAGAAUUCAUUUUUUUUUUACAACAUGAUUUGUAAGAUGAAAAAUUAAAUUUUUAUCAUAAAAUAAAACAACAUAUUGAGAUGUAAAUGUACAAUAACAUGAAAGGCCUACAUUCUAUACAACUCUGUGAUAUAUAACUUUAACAUUGAAUUUAUAAAUAUUUGUACAAAAACUGGCAUUGAAAUGCUAUUUUUAAUGAUUGUCAAAAGUCAUCUUUUUUAAAAUUGAGAUUUUCUUGAUAAAUAAAACUCUGUCUAAAAACAAAA